UCCUCCCCUCAGUGUGGUCAAUCCGCCCCAAGGGAAGGCUUUUUCUUCGCUAGCUGCCGCACAGUGUUCUCAGCAGCGUGAAGUGGUCGUGUGGCAGGAUGAGUGCGGACUCGGACCCCGUGGUUAUCGUCUCGGCGGCGCGGACCGCCAUAGGCUCCUUCAAUGGUGCCCUGUCCACCGUUCCUGUACAUGAGCUGGGCUCAACUGUCAUCAAAGAAGUCCUGAAGAGGGCUGCCGUGGCUCCUGAAGAGGUGUCAGAGGUCAUAUUUGGACACGUUUUGGCAGCAGGUUGUGGGCAGAAUCCUGUUCGACAAGCCAGUGUGAGUGCAGGGAUCCCCUACUCUGUUCCAUCGUGGAGCUGUCAGAUGAUCUGCGGGUCAGGCCUCAAAGCCGUGUGCCUCGCAGCCCAGUCCAUCCAGACGGGAGACUCCAGCAUCGUGGUCGCCGGAGGCAUGGAAAGCAUGAGCAAGGCUCCUCACCUGGUUCACCUGAGGACGGGAGUCAGGAUGGGGGAAACGCCGCUGACUGACAGUAUUCUCUGCGAUGGCCUUACGGAUGCUUUUCACAAGUACCACAUGGGCAUUACAGCUGAAAAUGUAGCCAAAAAAUGGCAAGUGAAUAGAGAAGAUCAGGACAAGUUUGCAGUUCUGUCCCAGAACAAGACAGAGAGUGCACAGAAAGCUGGCCAUUUUGACAAAGAGAUUGUACCAGUUUGUGUACCUUCUAGAAAAGGUCUCACUGAAGUUAAAACAGAUGAGUUUCCCCGUCACGGGUGCAACACGGAAGCCGUGUCUAAAGUAAAGCCUUGCUUUCUCACAGAUGGGACAGGGACUGUGACCGCAGCAAAUGCUUCAGGAAUCAACGAUGGCGCAGCAGCGGUGGUUCUCAUGAAGAAGUCGGAAGCCGACACACGUGGGCUUGCACCUCUGGCACAGAUAGUCUCCUGGUCACAAGUCGGUGUGGAGCCUUCCAUUAUGGGAACAGGGCCGAUUCCAGCCGUAAAGCAAGCUGUUGCAAAAGCAGGUUGGUCACUGGAGGAUGUGGAUGUAUUUGAAAUCAAUGAGGCCUUUGCAGCCGUGUCUGUGGCAGUAUCUAAGGAACUUGGAUUAAACCCAGAGAAGGUCAACAUUCAUGGAGGGGCGAUAGCCUUGGGCCACCCUCUCGGAGCAUCUGGCUGCCGGAUCCUGGUCACCCUGCUACACUCAAUGGAGAGACGGGGCGGGUGCCGCGGUGUUGCUGCCCUGUGCAUUGGGGGUGGGAUGGGGAUAGCGAUGUGUGUCCAGAGAGGGUGAGCCUGCCGAACUCAUCCUGA